GGGCAGCCACGUCUGCCUCGGCCGCUGGGACUCGGAAACCACCACUAAAGCUCGGCUGCUAGCGAGGAGCGUCAGUCCUAACAUCUGUCCGUCCGUCUGUGCCGCAGCUGCAGGAUGCUGGCCAGCCUGUAUGAGUGGUUUUGGAAGGAUGAGUACUGGUUCCCUCCUGGAUACUCAUGGGCUGACACAGAAGAUUCAGAUGGAAUCACCUACCCUCACCCCAAGGACCUGUUGGCAUCAAUUCCCAUAGCAUUGGUCUUGGUGGUCAUCAGAUUUGGCUUUGAGAGGGCCAUCGCAAUGCCCUUGAGCAGGGCCUUGGGUGUACGUGACCGCCUCAGGAUCAAGGCUUCGCCCAACCCCAUCCUGGAGGCCUUUUUCCAAGCUCAUAAUGGGAAUCCCAAAGAGGCUCAGCUAAAUCACCUCGCCAGCCAGUGCGGCCUCUCCGUGAGGCAAGCGCAGCGCUGGUUUCGACGCCGGAGAAACCAGGAGCGACCAUUACUGAGCAAGAAAUUCUGUGAAGCCUGCUGGAGAUUUUUGUUUUACUUCUCUUCUUUCUUUGGAGGUUUCCUCGUGCUCUACAAUGAGACAUGGUUGUGGGAACCCAAGACAUGCUGGGACAGAUAUCCCUUCCAGCCUCUGCAACCUGCCAUGUACUGGUGGUACCUCCUUGAACUUGGUUUCUACAUCUCUUUGCUGAUGACUCUACCUUUUGAUGUGAAGAGGAAGGACUUUAAGGAGCAGGUCAUCCACCACUUUGUCACUAUCAUCUUGAUUGGAUUCUCUUAUUCUGCCAAUCUCCUGCGUAUUGGUACGUUGGUGUUACUGCUACACGACAUAUCUGACAUUCUCAUGGAGGCCUGUAAAAUGUUUAAUUAUGCACAACGGAGGCUUAUCUGUGACACACUCUUCGUCAUCUUUGCCCUGGUGUUCAUCGUUAGUCGGCUCAUUCUCUUCCCAACCAAAAUCCUCUACACUACCUACUAUGAUUCCAUGAUCAAAUUCCAGCCCUUCUUUGGAUACUAUUUCUUCAAUGCCCUCCUCAUGGUCCUUCAGGUUCUCCAUGUCUUCUGGUCCGGCCUCAUCCUCCGUAUGGUCUACAAGUUUGUUUUAGCUGGCAGGAUGCAGAGUGACAUAAGGAGUGACUUGGAAGAACAGAACUCAAGUGAUGAGAAGUCUGAGACACCCCAACAGAAGAAUGGGAGGCUGCAGCCCAGUGACAAAACAGACACUUGUAACCUCCCCCGGGCUAACCUCCCCCGGGCUAGGGGUAUUCGGGGGACUGGGCCCAGCCAGCUGGCCAAUGGGCAUGUCCCAGCCACAUAGCCUGGUCCAGCGCGGGGCCAUCAGAUGGUCUGGCUCAGGGAUGAAACCUGGAUGACUGGUCUGCAGACUGUCUGAGGACUCGUUUGUGAUGGAAAAUCGCCUAGAAUCUGAUGGAGCAUGGACUCCAUAGGCCUGGACCAGGACCAUUUACUUGUCUCUCCAUCUCAUCUCUGUCCCCACCUCUGCUGGACCUGAGGGAGGAGGAAGAAAUACAAUAUCUCUGCAGAGGAUUUGAGGGUGGGCUUAAUGAUCUUUCUUCCCGAACAGCCUUUACCCUGAGCCAGUGCCCCUGGACUGGCUGCCAAAGCCUUAGGAAGUCAGGGUGAGGGGGGUACUAGGGAAAGGCUCCAUUUCUGCUGUGCAGGGGCCCCUAAGGAGAGAGCUGAGGGACCCCUCAGAGGACCUUUCCCCAGCCCCCCAGAGCUGCCUCACAUCCCCAUGGAGGCUCAGAAGGAGCAGGCUUCUUCCCGAGCCAAUGAGAGAGGGGCCUGGGCUUUCAGGCCUGAGUCUGGACUGGUCUGACCAGCCUCAGACUUCUCCCCAUCCCAGCUUGAAGCCUCACCUCUGCAAUCUCUAGGGAACCAGGGAGUUCCAUUCAGAGUAGGGAUGGGGUUGUGCAUUCUGGGUUUGCCCAGACCCAGAGAGGGAACAAUAAAACUUGAAUGGAGUAGUUUUCACUGUC